AUGCUGCUUGCUGUCAUGGCAGUCUCACUGCACAUAGCGAGCUGUCACAGGAGCCUGGUGAAGGGCUCCUCUCCUCUCAGCUUCACCCAUCAUCUGUACAAUGCCACGAUUUAUGAGAACUCUGCCCCAAGGACCUACGUUGAAAGCGGCAUUAAAAUGGGCAUUGUGGUCACGGAUGACUUCUGGGACAUCAAAUACAAACUGGUGGCUGGGGAUGAGGACAGCCUUUUCAAAACUGAGGAGGUUACAGUGGGAGAUUUCUGCUUCCUAAGGAUAAAAACUCGGAGCAGUAAUUCGGCUCUACUGAACAGGGAAGUAAGAGAUAGUUACACACUUACCAUUGAGGCAAGUGAAAGUACCUAUGACUACCAGGCCAGGACAAAGGUGCUGAUUCAAGUGCUUGACACCAACGAUCUGAAGCCACUCUUUUAUCCCGCAUCCUACAAUGUCAACAUCAAAGAGGACACUGCACUGAAAACCAGUGUGGUCCAAGUCAGUGCCACUGAUGCUGACAUUAGCAGCAACGCUGACUUCUAUUACACAUUCAUGAGCAGAUCGCACCCCUUUGCAGUUGAUCCCUUCACAGGUACCAUCACCCUCACCAAGAAGCUUGACUAUAGUCGAGCACGCAGGUACGAGCUCACGGUCUUAGCUGAAGACAGGACUAAGAAAAUCUCAGGAAUACCAAAGUUUGGGAAUGAGGCAAGAGUCAUAGUAAAUGUGGAGAAGGUCUCUGCCGAACCUCCAACAAUCAAACCAGUCACUGUAAUAACACAGAAGGAGGGCGAUGAUAUGCUGUCUCUAAAUGUUGUGGUCAAAGCUGGAGAAAAAGAAGUAGAAGCUUUGAAAAUUGUUGCUGGAGAUCCACAGAGGUACUUUGAAAUUAUUCCAUCCAGUCUGGAAGGUUAUAACUUUGAGGUAGUCUCCACCAAAAAGAUAGACUGGUCACAUAGCCCCUUUGGUUUAAAUAUUUCCCUUCAAGCAAAAGACAGGAGCAAUCCUCCCAUCCUUUCUCAGAUAAAAGAGAUCUAUAUUCCCCCUACAAAAGGCACCCUGUUGAAAUUUGAGAGUGAAGUCUAUCAUGCUAUGCUAAGUGAAUUUGCUGCACCAAAGACUCACGUGGUUAGAGUAAUAGCAAUGCCAAAUCAUGCUAAUGUCACAUACCAUAUCAAAAAUCGCCCCAGUAAUUUCAAAUUCAGGAUUUACCCUAAGAGUGGUCAAGUUGUAACUACAGAACAUGUGGACUUUGAGGGGAAGUCACAUUACGAGUUUGAUGUGGUGUUGAAUCAUGGAGAAGCACAAGCCCAUGUGAUUGUUGAUAUCAUUGAUGAGAACGACAAUGCUCCCAAGUUCAUCGGUCUUCCAUACCAAGGUACACUUCCAGAGAAUGUGGCCAUAGGCACAAGCAUUUUAACAGUCACUGCCACGGAUCUGGACGCAGGCAAUAAUGGCUUUGUGACUUAUGCCAUCACCAAUACCGGUCCCUUGCCAUUUACAGUGGACCCGUUUACGGGUGUCAUCUCCACAUCUGAGGAGAUGGACUAUGAGCUCAUGCAGAGGUGGUAUCACCUCAGAGUCAGGGCCUCUGACAGUGGAAGCCCCUUCAGCCAUGUGAGUGAAUGUGCCGUGACACUCAUCAUGAGCAACCUUGAUGAUAAUGUACCUCUAUUUGAGAGGGUGGGGUGUAAUGCCACCAUCCCCCAGGACUUUUCGGUAGGAGAGAGUAUUGGCGUCAUGUCUGCCGUGGACCUGGAUGAACUCCAGCAAGUCAGGUACAGCAUCGAGUCUGGUAAUGAGCGUGCCUUGUUCAACAUUGACCCUGUCUCAGGGUCCAUCAGGCUGGCUAAAAAGAUUCCCUUGUCCCUGUCAGCUGGUGAGAUGCCAUCGUUUAGCCUCAAGAUAACGGCCACAGAUGGUAUACAUAGUGCUGUUCCUACUGUUGUUAGCAUUGCUGUCACAGGCUCUGGCGGUGAAGCCAGCAUGCAGUGUCAUGAAACAGGAGUUUUCAAACAACUGACAGAAAGGCUUAUUGAAUCUAUAAAGCCUGAAAUGACCACUGAAGACGAGGACACCUUUUCAGAUAUCCAUAUCAUUAACAGGCACUCUCCUAAGUUUGAGCCUGAUUUGCCAAGCUCCAUGGACCUCAAAGAGGACUUCCCAUUGAACACCACCAUCCUGAAAUUCCGGGCUACAGAUGCUGACACAGGCUUCAACGGCAAACUUGUGUAUGCCAUUUCCAGUGGGAGUGAAGAUUCAUGUUUUACCAUCGACAUGGAUACGGGAGAGCUUAAGCUUACUUGCACAUUAGAUAGAGAAACAAAGGCAUUCUAUAUUCUGAACAUUACUGUUUAUGAUGUAGGGGUCCCACAGACAUCUGCAUGGAAGUUUUUGGCUGUAAAUAUAUUAGAUGCCAAUGACAAUCCACCUGUUUUUGAUCAGUGCAUGUAUGUUCUGAGCAUACCUGAGAACACAGAAGUGGACAAGAGCAUUUUUAAAGUGCAUGCUGUCGAUUAUGAUUUGGAUGAUAGUGGAAGCAUUAAGUAUUCCCUUCUAACUUCAACUGAAACAUUCAAGAUCGAAGAGCUAACCGGAAUACUGAAGGUGGCUGGGCGACUGGAUAGAGAAACAAAUCAAAGGCAUGAUUUAAAGAUUGAGGCAAGAGAUCAGGCUGAAGUAGAACCUCAGCUUCUCUCCAUAGUUGAUGUGGUGGUGAUCUUAGAGGACAUUAAUGAUAGUCCUCCAAAAUUUGUGCCAAAGGUCUUCAAAAUUCAAGUACUGGAAGAUGUACCUUUAGGGACAGUUCUUUUAUGGGUAGAGAGCUAUGACUUAGAUCUUGGGACUGGAGGAGAAAUUAGCUAUAACCUGAAGAACACUGAGAAUGGGGCUUUUUUCCUCGACACAUCAACAGGCUGCUUGACACUUCAGAAAGAACUAGACUUUGAGAGGAAGCAGUUUUAUAAUCUAACUGUUCGGGCAGUGGACCAUGGACAGCCACGAUCCUUGUCUUCCUCCUGCUUCAUAGAGGUUGAGGUGCUGGACGUCAAUGAAAAUCUGAACACCCCAGCCUUCUCCUCAUUCGUCUACAAGGUAGCAGUGAUGGAGGAUGCAAAAGUGGGAACCUCAGUGGUCACCUUAACUGCAGUUGACAGGGACCUGGGUAAAGAUGGAGUUGUGAGAUAUCAUAUCCACGGUGGAACUGGCUUAGGAGUGUUCACCAUUGAUGAAGAAACAGGAGUUAUUCGGACUGCUGAAACUUUGGACAGGGAAGCUAUUCCACACUACUGGAUCACAGUUUAUGCCACAGAUCUAGGGACUGUACCCCUUGUGUCCUGGACAGAGGUGUUUGUUGAAGUGAUGGACAUAAAUGACAACCCCCCUGAGCUCUCCAAGCCUAUCUACUUUGGCUCAGUGCUGGAAAAUUCACCGAAGGGCAAAUCUGUGCUCAAAGUGGCAGCCACAGAUGUCGACUUAGACUCAGAGGAAAAACUCACCUUCCAGAUUGUGGACUCACAACGCCUCUUUUCCAUCAACACCAAGACAGGUGUCAUCACCACUCAGGCUGUCCUGGACCGUGAACAGAAAGCAGAACACAUCAUUGAGGUGAUUGUGUCUGACAAUGGCGCCCCGGCCUUGCGCUCCACUGGCACCGUGGUCAUCCACGUGCAGGACGAGAAUGACAACAGCCCCCAGUUCAACCACAAACUCUUCCAGGUGAAGCUGCCAGAGAGGCAGGGUGUGGCUGAGCCACAGGAAGUGUACAGGAUGGUUGUCCGGGAUGACGACGAGGGGCCAAAUGCCGAGGUCACAUUCAGCUUGGAGACUGAUUUGGAGCACAAGUUCGAUAUCCAUCCCACAACUGGCGUGGUGUCCUCUAUGGGUGACUUCGGGCAUGGAAACUACACUAUCCUCACGGUCAAAGCGACAGAUCAUGGAAGCCCUGCGAGGAGGUCCACAGCCCGCCUUGAUAUCGAGUGGAUUCCAAAGCCGACACCCUCCUCUGAACCGCUGGCCUUUGACGAGCCGCACUUUAACUUUGCUGUCAUGGAGAUGGACCCUGUCAAUCAUAUGGUGGGGAUAAUCAGCACUGACAGAAUUGGCAGCCUCCUCUGGUUUGACAUCAUAGGUGGUGAUGACGAGCUGGAUUUUGACAUGGAGAAGGACACUGGUACUAUCAUGAUCGCCAGGCGCUUGGACGCAGGGAAACGGUCCAACUACAACCUGACAGUGCGGGUGACAGAUGGGUCCCAGAUCAUAACCACUCAGGCUUAUAUACGUGUGGUGGACAUGAAUGGGUACCGGCCCGUGUUCCUGAAGAGCCAGUAUGAGGUGGUGGUCCCUGAGGACACCGCGCCCUGGAAAGAGAUCCUGCAGAUCAGUGCGCAAGACAGAGACAUCAAUAGCAGGCUUCUUUACACCAUUCACAGCGGCAUCCAUCCAGAGAGCGUCAGCCACUUUCAGUUGGACCCCAACAGUGGAAUUCUUGUCAUAAAAGAAAAACUGGACUUUGAGACCUUACCUGUGCACACCCUUGUUUUGAUGGUUCGAGAUCAAGAAAUCCCCAUGAAGAGGAACUUUGUAAAGGCUGUGGUCCAUGUGGAGGACUGCAAUGACCAUUCUCCAGUCUUCAUGAGCUCACAUUAUGAGGCUAAUGUGCUAAACCUGGAAGCCAUUGGGACAGAGGUGCUGCAAACUAGGGCUCUGGACAAAGACACAGGCAGCAACUCUGAGAUUAUCUACUCAUUUCACUCAGGAAACACCGAUGGUGCAUUCAGCAUUGAUCCCCAAACUGGACAUAUAAAGGUGGCUAAGCCCUUAGAUACCCUACCACACCAACAAUACCAUUUAACUGUGAAGGCUACUGAUCAGGGCUUCCCCCAGCGCAGUGACUUAAGCCCUGUCAACAUCCAUGUUAAACUCUCUGACAAAACACCACCCAAGUUCUCCUCAGAUGAAUACUUCACCGAGAUCAGCGAAUCUACCCCUCAAGGUUCUCCCUUUUUCACGGUCACAGCUUCUAGCCCCUCCGCUGUGCACUACAAGAUCAAAGGCGGGGACCCCAAUGGAACUUUCCACAUCAACUACUUCUCUGGGGUCCUCUCAAUUCAAAGAGCACUCAAUUUUGAGGAGUGCUUCUCCUACCAGUUGCAAGUAAGAGCUUCCAGUCUAGCAGGGAGCUACUCAGAUGCAGUGGUGUACAUCUAUGUCAUUGAUGAGAACGACAACGCUCCGGUUUUUCUUCAGGAGGAGUUUGUGGGGCAGAUCAGUGAGUCAGCACAUAUAAAUACCAUGGUGAUGGGACAGAACAACACGCCUCUGGUGAUACUUGCAACUGAUGCAGAUAAGGAUGCCAACGCCCUGCUAGUUUUUCAAAUCCUGGAACCUGAAGGGGAGAAAUUCUUCAAAAUUGAUCCAAGCAUGGGGACACUCUCCUUAAUAGCUCCCAUUGACUUUGAAUUGACUCCAGAGAUUCACUUCAGUGUUCAGGUCCGUGACUCUGGGGAGCCUUCUCUUUAUGCAACCAAACCAGCUAAAGUAACUGUCUAUAUCCUGGAUUUCAACGACUGUAUUCCCAAGUUCACAGCACCAGUGUAUGAAACUUCUAUCAUGUUGCCUGCUUUCCAUGGCAUGGAAGUUAUUCAAGUGACCGCAAACGAUGCAGAUUCAGAUGUGUUAUACAGCAUUCAUGAGGGCAAUUUUAAUAAUGCUUUUAGUGUCCAUCCUACCACUGGCAGUAUAUCUGUGGACAACGUCUCUAGCCUCAAACUAAAUCAUACACUGUUCAUCAAGGCCUCUGAUGGUUUAUUCAAAGAUACAGCCAUUGUUAAAAUAAACAUCACCAACAUCACAAUGACUAGUCUUAGAUUUGAGCAAAAGUUCUAUGCAGCCACUGUGAUGGAGAACACAACAUCUAGCAAAACCUUAGCUGUCGUAAGAGCCUCAGGGAGCUAUCUGAAUGAGCCUCUAUUCUACACAGUUCUAAACCCAGGAGGGUUAUUUUCAGUGAUACAGACAUCUGGUGUUCUUGAAACCACUGGUGUACCUUUUGAUCGGGAGACACAAGAUGAGUAUGAUGUGAUAGUACAAGUAAGGGACUUUCGUAGUCCUGCCCGAAUAGCUUUAGCCCAUGUAAAGGUGUAUGUCAAUGAUGCCAACGAUAAUGCACCUGAAUUCCUGAAUUUGCCUCACUCCAUUAUGAUUUCUGAGGAUGCUGAGCCAGGAGAUGUACUCCUUCAGGUGACAGCAACAGAUAAAGAUCUUGGUGAAAACGGAUCCAUCACUUAUCUGCUAGAAGAUGACUUUGACCUCUUUAGGAUAGAUCCUUAUCUUGGUGACGUGUCACUUCAAAGGCCCCUCGACUUUGAAUCAAAGAAUAGGUAUGUUCUCAGUGUGUUAGCUGAGGAUGAGGGCAUGCCUAGUUUAGCAUCCAUAGCCGAUUUGCACAUUGAAGUGAGGAACAGGUCAAACCCAGUAUUUCAAAGCAUGUACUACCCUUUGAGGGUUCCUGAAAACAUUUCUCCGUUCACUACCAUCUUGCAUGUACAAGCCAGGAAUCCUGAGGGCUAUCGUUUGAUCUACAACCUUAUUGAAGAAAAUGCCUCAAGAGCCUUUCACAUUGACUUCAAAACAGGGGUCUUGAGUGUCACAGAUAACUUGGAUUAUGAGGCCCAAUCUAAGCAUGUUCUGACAGUCAGAGCCACUGACUCUGUGAUAGGAGCCUUCUCCGAUGCCACAGUUGAGAUUGAAGUUGAAGAUAUUAAUGACAAUGCCCCAGAAUUUCUGCAACUGACUUACACAGCACAUUUGUUAGAGAGAUCACCAACUGGCACUUCAGUGUUACAGGUCUUGGCUGUGGAUAAAGACUCUGGAAGAAAUAAAGAUAUAACUUACCAAAUAACUGGGACUGGAAAAAAUGAAACUGAUUUCUUCGAGAUUAAUCCACAGAGCGGUCUUCUAGUAACAACACAAGAACUGGACUAUGAAGACAGACAACAGUACCGCCUGAUAGUUAAAGCUAUAGAUAAUGGUGUAUCUCCUAUGAGCAGUCAGGCUUUCAUCACUGUGAAUGUCACUGAUGUCAAUGACAACCCUCCUAAGUUCAACAAGGACGAAUACCAUGCUUCUCUCAAUGAAAUGGCCACAUGUGGUCAUAUUGUCAUUCGAAUCCAAGCAUCAGAUCCAGACAGUGGGGACCUCAACAAUCUAGACUACACAAUAAUCUCUGGAAAUGAAGACAGGCAUUUUGCCAUAAACAGGUCCUCCGGUAUAAUUUCCUUCUCUAAUGUCUGCAAGAAAAGCCUUGAUCCUUUUUACAACCUUACAGUGGCUGUGUCAGAUGGUAUUUUUCAAAAGACGGCUCCAGUCAAUAUUGACAUGAUGAACAGCAACAAGCACAAUCCCCACUUUGACCAAAGUAUCUAUGAGGCUGAACUGGUAGAGAAUGCUGAGGCUGGAACCCGUGUGAUCAGAUUGGCUGCAAUAGACCCUGACGAUGGUCCAUACGGCAGUGUGGACUACACAAUCAUUAACAAGCUUGCAGAUGAAAAAUUCUCCAUAGACAAUGAGGGCCAAAUUGUGACAUCUCAGCCCCUUGAUAGGGAAAACCCAACCCAAAGAGUAAUUGCCAUUAAGGUUAUGGCAAAAGAUGGUGGAGGCAGAGUUGGUUUUUGCACUGUAAAAAUAAUCCUCACUGAUGAAAAUGAUAAUGCUCCUCAGUUCAAAGCAUCUGAGUACCAGGUUUCCAUUCAGUCCAGUGUAAACAAAGGCUCCCCUGUCAUCCAGAUAAUGGCUUAUGAUGCAGAUGAUGGCAAAAAUGCGGAUGUCACCUAUACUGUUGAUGAGGCAGAGGAGGUGAUGGAGGAGGUCAUUGAAAUCAACCCCUUCACCGGUGUCGUCAGUACCAAGGAGAGUCUGGUUGGAAUGGAAAACAAAAUUUUUAAUUUCAAAAUCAAGGCUCGAGAUGGAGGCACCCCGUUCUACAACUCCACUGUUCCUGUGCAAGUCAAGGUGGUUUCACCUGAACUGCCUCUGCCAAGAUUCUCAGAGCCUCUAUAUACCUUCUCUGCGGUAGAGGACCUUCCUUUGGGCUCAGAAAUAGGAGUGGUCAAGGCCGAUGCAGACACACCAAUCAUAUACAGUUUGGUAGAUGGUAACACUGUGGAGAGCAAUAAGGAGCAAGUAUUUGGCGUGGACAAAGACAGUGGGGCUCUCUUUGUCCAGAAAGGCAUAGACUACGAGAAGACAAAGUGGUACCAGAUUGAUGUCAUGGCAAACUGCAACCGCAAUGGCACCGAUGUGGCCUCACUGGUAUCUGUGAGCAUCCAAGUCCAAGAUGUGAAUGACAACCAGCCCGUGUUUGAGGCCAACCCUUACCAGGCAUUCCUGGCCGAGAACAUGCCUCCAGGGACAACUGUCAUCCAGGUAACAGCAAAUGAUCCAGACUUGGAAACCAAUGGGGAGGUCACUUACAGGGUGGAGCCUGACCCGGAUGAUGUCAGCGAGGUGUUCACCAUUGACAGCGAGAGUGGCUGGAUCACCACUCUAAAAGAGACAGACUGUGAGACAAACAGACUCUACCGUUUCCAUGUUGUGGCUACUGACCACGGGGGAAAGGUCAAGCUCUCGUCCUCCGUCCUGGUGGAGGUGUUUGUGACAGAUGAGAAUGACAACUCUCCGCAGUUUACAGAAGAGGUGUAUCAGGGCUCUGUCAUUGAGAAUAGCAGGCCUGGUGAAGCCAUUGUCACAGUGAGCGUAACGGAUGCUGAUGUAUCAAAGGAGAACAGGCAGUUCACCUGUUACAUUACAGAUGGAGACCCCCAGGACCAGUUUUCCAUUGUUCAAGUGGGAGAGGAAUGGAAGGUGACCCUGAAGAGCUCUCUAGACAGAGAAGCCAAAGAGAGAUAUGGCCUGAAGAUAAUUGCAACCGACGGAAGAUUUCAAGCCUCUGCCACAGUAGAUGUCCAUGUUCUUGACAUUAAUGAUAACAGUCCACUGUGUGAACAGUUGCUUUACACAGAGGUCAUCAUGGAGAACUCUCCCCCAGGAAUAUUCAUCUUGAAGGUUUCAGCCACAGACCCUGAUAUUGGCACUAACGGCCAGGUCUCAUUCACCCUUCAUGGUCCCAAUGCAGACAAGUUUCAUCUUGACCCACAGACAGGAGAGCUGUUUACCCUGUCUGUGGUGGACCGUGAACGGGAGAUAGAGUAUGACCUGGUAGCCAAAGCCACUGAUGGUGGAGGUCGCUCCUGCCAGGCUGAUGUACUUCUGAUGAUCCAAGACAUGAAUGACAACCCACCAAGAUUCCCCACCAACCAUUAUGAUGUGACCGUUUUUGACAACACCACCGUGAGGACUCCCAUUGCUGUAAUUUAUGCCAAAGACCCAGAUACUGGUAUAAACUCAGAGGUAGUGUAUUCCCUGCUGGGUUCUGACAGCAGUUACUUCUCCUUGGAUGAGUUCUCUGGGAUCCUGCGCUUGGAGCGGUCUCUGUCCGAUGAGCCCCAGUCCAAGUUCGAGCUGAAGGUCCAAGCCACGGACCGGGGGCUCCCUCACCGACGCUCCUCCAUUGCCACGGUGACCGUGUCUGUGGUGGACCUCAAGGACUACCAGCCAGUCUUCCUGAGUAACGAAUACACCGCCCAGAUCCCAGAGUCCAUCGCCGUCGGAACUGAAAUCCUGAGUGUGUCUGCCCUGGCCAAAGACGCAACGGACAACGUGCCGAUUACCUAUGACAUCGUCUCUGGCAAUGAGCAUGGAAAGUUUGAAAUUGAUUCCGAAACCGGUGCGCUGUUGGUGAACGGCUCCCUUGACUUUGAGCACUGCCGCGAGUACUACCUGUCAGUGGAGGGGGCGAGGGGCAAGUCUUCCCUCAGCGACAUCGCCAUGGUGAUUAUCAACAUCACGGACAUCAACGACAACGCGCCUGCCUUCGGCCUGGGUGACUACAGCAAAGAGAUCUCCGAGGAUAUCUCGCCUGGAGACACAGUGAUGCAGGUUUCUGCUGAUGACCUUGACGGGCCUUUGAACAACAUCAUUCACUACUCCAUCGCCAGUGGGGACCCCGAGCGACAGUUUGGUAUCGAUCCCCGCAGUGGGGAGAUCAGAGUGAUCCGCAGGCUGGACAGGGAGGAGGUCACUCACUACUCUUUAACCGUGCAAGCAGCGGACUCAGGUCACCCCCCCUUGUCGACCGCCGUGCAGGUCACCGUGACUGUGUCUGACGUCAACGACAACCCGCCCGUGUUCUCCAAGAUCAACCACAGCGUCGUCCUCCAGGAGGGAGAACCAAUGGGCAGCAGCAUCCUCCAGCUCUCCGUGACGGACAGAGACACCCCCCGGAACGGCCCUCCCUUCUCCUUCCACAUCCUAUCUGGGAACGAAGACAAGCGCUUCCACAUAGACCAGGGGGGCCUGCUCUCCGUCGGGGGGCCUCUCAGGAAAAGGACGAAGGCCCAACACCUGCUGAAAAUCCAGGUGACAGACAGUGGCCACCCCCCGCUCUCCUCCAUAUGUGUGGUGCGAAUCAACAUCACGGAGCAGAGCAGAUAUCCCCCUUCAGUGGUGCCUCUGGAUGUUUUCAUCACCACCACCGACAGGGCCUUCUCCAGCAGGCUCAUCGGCAAGCUCCACGCCACCGACCAGGACCUCCACGAUGUUCUCUCCUACAAGCUGGACCAGGACUCCCCGGACAGCGGGCGGUUCUCCGUGGGCGCCGCGGAUGGGAAGAUUGUGGCGGAGAGCCCGCUGGAGCCGGGCCUGUACUUCCUGAACGUCAGCGUGUCCGACGGGAAGUUCAGCGCCUGGGCGGGCGUGCGGGUCCACGUGUGGACCGCCACUCAGCAGGCUCUGGACCGGGGCGUCACGCUACAGCUGGCCGGCUUGACGCCCGAGGAGUUCGUGAGCGACCACUGGAGGGCGGUGCAGCGCAGCCUGGGGGCCGGGCUUCACGUGGCCAGCCUGCAGCAGGAGCCCGGCUCCUCGAGCCUGGAGGUGCUGCUGGUGUGGAGGACCGCCGAACCUCCGCCGGCCAACCAGCUGGCCCGGGUCAUGGAGGAUGAUAUAGGCGUCAACGUCCUGAGGGUACGCCAGGGUAGCUGCGUGGGUCUGGACUGCCCCCCCAGGGGCUGCAGGAACACGGUCCACAUGACGGGCGAGAGGGCGUUCCACUACACCUCGGCGAGGACCGGCUUCAUUACCCCACGCCACACCUGGGAGAGCGUCUGUUUCUGUAAUGAAUCAGCUGUGAGGUUUGACGGGAACGGAUAUCUCAAGUUCCUCUACCAGGCAGACGCAGCGAAGCAGGUGGAGCAGAACUUCCAGCUGUCUCUGAACAUAAAGACUUUUCAGGAGCAAGGCCUGGUCAUGUCCACUAACAGCACUGACUGGGGAGCCCUGGAGGUUGACGGCGGGGAGCUCAGGUUCAGGUACGGCUGUGGGAACGCGCUGCCGGGGGCUCUGCGGGUGAGGGCCGGCCCCGUGUCGGAUGGACGCAGGCACCACGUCCUGCUGGAGGUCCGGGGCGUGGAGCUGACGCUGACCCUGGACCGGACUCACUCCGACUCAGUCACCCUGUCCGAGCCCUGCCGGAUGACCCGUCCUGGAGGGGCGCUGGCAUUCGCCGCCCCCUGGUCCCCGCCCCACGGGGGGGGGCGCACGGAGGGCUUCCGCGGCUGCCUGGACGAGGUGGCGUUCAACGGGGAGGCUGUGAGGGCUGCCGAGGGAGGGCAGCGACCCCAAUCUCAGCUCGGGGACAGGAGGGUGUUCGGCCGGUACCAGUGCUGCUCCCAAACUGAGGGCUGUGCCAGUCACCCCUGUCAGAACGGCGGGACCUGUGAGGAGAUCUCAAAUGGAGAAUUCCGCUGCAGCUGUACACUGCAGUACUUUGGCUCCCGUUGUGAGCAGGCCAACAACCCCUGUAGCUCCCAGCCUUGUGCCCAUGGAGGGACCUGCCAACCGAAGGCUCAGGGUUAUAUCUGCAGCUGCCCAGAUCAUGCGACCGGAAACAGGUGUCAAGAGAGCAUCAACGCAUGUUCCUCAAACCCGUGCCCGAGCGGUUAUGACUGUAAAAUGAAUGAAAAGGGUUUGAUGCACUGUGACCCGUUGCCCCAGGUGUCUGGGGGCAUUGGUGUGGUGGAGAUUGUGGAGAUCGCAGCCAGUGCAUUGGGCAUCUUGUUCCUCGUGGGGGUCUUUGUUUGCAUCCGCAAGAGGUAUGUCCAACGGAAGAAACAAAAGCCGGCCACCACCCGCGACUCCAACGGCUACUACCCACCCAGCCUGGCCAAGAGCAUGAUGGGAGACGGGCAGCAGACUCCGCCCAUCGAGAUGAACAUGCUGGCAGAUUCCAGGAAUGACUUGGAUCACGACCCGUUCCGGACACUGAAGCCACGCGGACAGACCGAGCUGGUGUCCCGGGGAGGGAACCAGGCCCAAAAGGCACAAGGGCCCGUGGUGUGCAGUGUGGCCCCCAACCUACCCCCUCCACCGCCCUCUAGCUCAGACAAUGAAUCAAUCCUUAAAAACAACUGGGAGCUGGACUAUGACGUGUAUCCUGCUGACCCUGACUACUACGGCCGGCCCACAGUCCAGGAGUUCCCUCAGUUUGACAUCGUGGAGGGCACGUUCCCAGCUGUGCCGACCAUGGACCCCCGUCGGACUUCCCGCUUCGGGGGUUUUCCGUUCCCCCUGGACCGCUGCGACCGGCGGGCCCCGCUGCCCCCCUGCUACAGCAACCAGAAUCUGGAUGACUUCCUGGGGCCCGACGGGCAGCCCUUGCCCACCUCCCAGUGCCCCAACGAGUACACCGCCAUCAGCUACUACCCCACGGAGCGCACGCACAGCGUGGACAACGUGUCCGGCGGGAACUACCGGCGGCUGAGCAUGCGGCUGAGCGUGGCCCAGCCCUCCUACGCAGACUGCAGCCCUCCUCCGCAAGGGGCCCUGGGCCUCCCGGUGCAGGAGCCCCACAGCUACGCGGGUUCAGACAUGGUGGAGAGUGACUACGGCAGCUGCGAGGAGGUCAUGUUCUGAAGCAGCGUAGCUGAGGGGCAGGAUGUUCCUAUCAGGCAGCUUUAUGUUUUUAAAUUCUUCUUGGAAGGACACCCAGGAGCUGAGGUGCUUCCACAACUAUUUCAGCCAGAGUCCCGCCCCCGGAAGACAGAAAGGGGAAGACUUUAAACAGAAUUAAUUCGUUUUUGUUUGCUGUCGUUUCUGGUGUUAGGCAGUAAUAAAGAUGCCUCAAGAAAUUCUUGAGAAGGCUGGCCAUCCCCAGGGUCUGGGUCCAGUCCGUGUGCAAAGCUUUCUUCACUUGACAACAGGACUUCAUGAAGCAAGCUCAUAGUUCAUAGAGCCUCUGAUAUUCACAGCUCUCAUAGUGUCAUAGUCCUGCUAAAAAUCAAUCACUGGCUGUCAGGUGGCGUAUGUAAGGAUGGACUAGUUUGCACAUCCAAGUAUGCAAACUCAAGCAUGCACAUUUCACCAGUGCAAAAUGACUGAUGUAGAGCCAUAUUUUUAAAUUAUUCAUAUUGAGAGACAACUUAUGUAUCCUCUUACUGCAAUAACCCACAUCCACUUUAUAUCUUACUGAAAAUAAUGAUUCUAAAACUGGGUUUUUAAACUGGUUUAGAAUCUAUAUGAAACAAAAGCAAUAAUAUGUUUAAAUCGUUGGUGUUGUAGACUAAAUAUGUGCAAUUCUUUUCACUCAAGAACAUUAGUGGUGAACCAGACAAGAACUCAGGCCGCAUUCAAGAAUAUUAUUUGCUUAUCCAUUCAUCAAUCCAGCAAUGCAAGUAAAGACUACUACACAAAUACAUGUGUUAUGCUACAACGCUAUAAAAAAGCUUAUAUACUUUUUAUUGAAAAAUGUAAAUAUGUAACCAGUGCAAAGACUUAUGUAUUAGUACACAUACGAUCCAGAAAUUAUAUAUCAAGAUAAAAAUUUUCUUUCUUGCUAUAUGUAAGAAAUUAUGAAUAUGCGGUAUAAAGUGCAGUGUGUUAUUCUGGGAUAGAAACAUAGAAAGUAUGGGGGCUGGCUCCUCUCAGUAAAAGUAAAGGGAAAAAAAGAAAUUAGCAUUUCAGUUGGCAUAAACUUUAAUCUAUCUAAUAAUAUGUACUUUAAAAAGAAUGUACCUGUUUUGUCAUAGAUACCAUAAUGUGAAAAGUAUUUUCAUUCCAAAUGUCAUGUGCCAUGUGCUUCUUACCAAUCUAUAAAUUAGAUGGUGUUAAGUUUUGCUAAGGUAAAAUUCUAAAGCUGUUUUUGUGUUGUGAUAAUAAUACUGUUUUGUGAAUAACUGGCGGUUAUAUACACACGUAGGUAUGAAUGUGUGAGUGAAUGGUGUGUGGACCCUGUGAUGGAUUGGCGACCUGUCUAGGGUGUAUUCCUGCCUCUCGCCCACUGCAUUCUGGGAUAGGCUUUAGCCUAUGUGUAUAUAAAUAUAGAGUACACACACAGCAUAUAAUUCAAGGAAUGAAGUGUCAGGAAACACCCACCCCAAACAAAUCGACCGAGAGCACUUAUUAAUAAUGAUCUGCAUCUGUGCAAUCUAUAGGGACAUACAGCACAGAUGCAGGCCUUGUGCUAUUGUUUACAAUGACAAAUUUUAGAAUACGCUGCCUUGAGGGAUUUAUGCCAUCAUAACAUUAUUGUCUUCCGCUGACCCUGCCUGCUCUUUGUGCAUGAUGUUACUGCAUUAUACUGCCUGCGAAUGAGGUGUUUGCUUUCUUUUUUUUACUAAAACAUGUCUGUACGUAAAGGAAAUGUGUGCUUUUCUUGUGUAGAGCGAAGACCAAUUUAUUAUUUAUGGAAUGGAUGAUGUGGUUGGGAAUAAACCGGCAAUGUUGCCACCCUUAGAUCUUUAUUGGUUGGAGAGUUGUGGUAGGUCGGCAUAGUGAAGUUCUAACUUCUGAAGGGAGUAGCUCAUUGAAUUACAUAUGUAUGGAAGAGAGACUGACAGGGAAGCACAAUAAAGCAGUGGUCAGAUAUGCAGAGCACGUGUUGGUCCAGGGAGUUCAUCUGAAUGUACUGAUAUUGUAUUGUGUUUCUCAAUGUGGGUGAGCCCCAUGUUUAACAUAGUUGUUUCUCUGUGAGAUAAUUAUAUUAUGAUGUCACUUUGCUUCAUUAAUUUUCUUUAUUGUAAAACAUAAAUGUACAUAACAUAAAUAAAAAGUAUUGUUUUGUAUUA